UCGUGCCCGUUAAUUGACACGAAAAGAAACUCCAUUUUGAAAAGAGUUCAAGCUAAUGAUGGAUAGAGACAACUACCCAAACGCUGCUAUUUGCAAGUUUUGUGGAGAGGUCUUCAGCUUGCCUGAGGAAGAAACUGAAGGCAACCCCCCACGUGUACUUUUAUGUGGCCACAUCUACUGCACAUCUUGCCUGGAGUCCAUUGAGCAUGAAGGUGUCAUUAAAUGCCCAGAGUGUGAGGUUGAGUCAACCCUUCCUGAAGGUGGGGUUUGUGGUCUGCAGCAAGAUAGCAGAAUCAUUGGCCUCAUCUACACCGUUAAAAUGAACAAAAUGAAAAGCGUCCGGAGUGACAGACCAAAGAAUAGCAGAAGGAACAAAUUCUCAUUUUCCACAGAUGAUAAUACCAAUACAGAGGAUAUUCAACAGCCAGCCAAUAUCGAGAAUGAGGUGGCUGAGGUGUUGGUCCGGGCUGCAGAAAAUCUUGCCCAGCUGGAACACAUCCGUGAGACACUGAAAACUGGUCUGGCAGAACAGGUGAAGAGAGACACAGCUCGGCUGGACAUGGAGAUCAAGCAAGUUACAGACGCGGCUGUUCAUAUUAUCCAAGAGUGGAGAGAUGUGCAGUUGAGUCAGCUGACAAAACUGGAGGCACAUUUCUUCACCACUCAAGAGGAAGUGCGCCAUGUUCAGGAGAGGAUUACGGCACUGGAGACUGCCAUGCAGAUGGCCAGAGAAGUACGCCAUGUCCCCCUCCUGGAGCAGUACUGCACCCUGAAUAAGGUUCUGGAGACAUUGCAGGCUCCUGUGGAUGAUCAGUCUUUUGACAUGAAAUGCAUCACUGUAGACUCUGGAGUAAGUUGUGUAUUACAGUCAGAAAGUCUGACCCAAGGUCUGGCAUUGUCUCUGAAGAUGGAAGUCAGCGAUACAAAGCACUUGCCUGAGUCUCCACCCAAAGGGCUCCAAUCGGAGAACUCCACCAUAAGGUCUCAACAGCAACAUGCAGAGGACAGUAACAGUAUUCCACCCAGUGGCAACCAGCUCUGCAUCCCAGAAAAACAGGGCCCGGAGAGUGCAGUGGCUAAUGGGUCAUUGCUGCAAGGCCCCCAUCCACAUCCAGGACCUUGCCACAGCCCUGGCUUAGAUGAUCCUGACAUAAUUAUUGAGGAGUUUAUAGAGGAGGAACAAGAGCACGCCUCUCUGACAAUACAGACACUGGCAAGGAAAAAGAAGACAGACAUAUACUGCAAGUUUGGACCAGCUGAACCAUUCAAUAUUGCCCCACCCACUGGCCCCGAAUUGGCUGAUGACAAAUGGAGACUCUGCAAAAGAAGGAAAAAUCGCUACAUAGGCAAUAAGAGAAUUGUCACCUUUUGGGUGAUGGUGAGCCACAUUGUGAAUCCAAGUAACUUCUACAUCCACUACAUGUCUGAGAAGAAGGAAAGAGAGUGUCUGUCUAAGAUACUGAACUACUUAUGCAGCAAAGAUGACAAUUACUUCACUUCCCAAGACACCGUGAAGACAGGUUCGAUGAUCUUUGUCAAGUCGAAGGAGAGACACUGGUUCCGGGCAGUUGUGGUUGAAAUCGUGUCCAAUGGCUGUGUGGAGGUUGAUAAAGCCUGCCCUGUCAUCCACCUGGCCAGAGUCAGAGUCUUCUGCAGUGAUUAUGGACUCACCCAGAGCAUCACUAUACAGAGUGAGAAGGGGACCACUGAAUCGGUGCUGAAGACUGUGAACGAGCACUUGAGAAAGUUCGAUUUUGAAGCAGAAGAGAAGCUGAGACACUUUGCUCCUCAGGCCAUCAAAUGUUCUCUGAAAGGCCUGGUCCCAUAUGACUUGACAAAAGGCUGGAGUAAAGAGGCCCAGGUUGAAUUCAGUAGGGUGGUUGGCUCUGAAGUCAUUGAGAUGAGGACUUUGGGUCAGGACGGAGACUCUUUGUUGGUGGACCUGAGGAAAGUUACAUGCCAAUCCAGUGACGUACCCCUCUCUAUCAGAGAGUUCCUGGUUUUCAUUGAAGUGGCCAGGUUUUAUUCUCCACUGACGCUGGACAGGAAGCCGCUGCAGUACUACCCUCCAGUGUAUCCCAAGAUCAACACACCACUCUGUGCUGCGGUGUCUCACAUCAAUACCCCUGCAGACUUCUACAUUGAUCUGGUUGACAACAUGGAGUCCUUUCUGCUGUCAUCCAAGCUUCAGGCAUGUUACAGUUUGACAUCAGUGAUUGGAGACGAUGACCUCAACAUCUACUGCCCUGUGAUAGGACAAGCCUGUGUUGCCCGCUAUGAUGACGGCCUUUGGCAAAGAGCUCAAGUCCUAGGUCAUCCAGGGGACAGAAAAGUGGAGGUGCUGUAUGUAGAUCUGGGCAGUAAGGAAAUCUUGCCAGUCAGUGACCUGAGGAAGAUCAAGGAUGAGUUCUUUGCCCUUCCUUCCAAGGCAAUCCCCUGCUGUUUGUCAGGUGUGAUUCCUCUGGAUGGACAGACAUGGAGUGAUGCCUGUAUGAACAGAUUCAUCAGCCUGGCUCGCCAGAACGUGGUCACUGUUAAGGCUACAGGACGAGUCCCAAAGACCGAGCGUCUGCCUGUUGCAUUGUUUUGUAGCAGUCUGGAUGGGACAGUAUCCAGUAUAGCUGAGCUACUUGUCAGUGAGGGGCUGGCCUGCUUCAAGGAGGGUUGUAAACCUGAGCAUGCACACCCCCUUGGUUUUGAGCCUGCCAUAUGGGAUCCUCCACUCACGCUCAGUUCAGAACCAGAGCUGGUGGACAUUCAGCCUGACCUAUGGCUCCCUUCCCAACUCAAAGACCUGAAAGUCAGAGUCAGCCAUGUCAACUCACCAAGCAGCUUCUACGUCCAGCUGACCCAGUAUGACUCUCAGCUGAAACGGAUGUGUGAGCUGGUGAAGGAGUGUGCACUGAAAGAGCCAAAAGAUGUGGUAUGGAAGGCAGACAUGUACUGUGCUGCUCACAUUAACGGGGUUUGGGAGAGAGGACAGAUCUCCUCUGAUGUCACAUCAAGCAGUAUUGUGGAGGUGAAGCGCUGUGACUAUGGCAACACAGUGAAUGUCCAUGUCAGCAACCUGCGGCCGCUGCUGUCCUCCUUGAUGGGCUCUCUGGCCCUGGAGUGCACUCUCACUGAUAUCAGUCCAACAGGAGGCAAAUCCACCUGGACAGCUACAGCCUGCGACUUGUUCUCCUACUACCUGACCGGAGCAUCCGCUGUUAUGACAGUCAAGGAGGUGACAGAUCAGCGUCCACUACCCGUCACUCUGUUCUGCUCCAACAAGAAGGGACAGUUUCUCAGUAUUGCAGACUUUCUUCUCAGCGAGGGACUCGCCCUAAGGGAAAGAAAAGCAAGAGAUGCUGCCAUUCACAAACCCAAAGAAACUGAUGUACAGCCUCCAGUGAGCGAGACACAAAUGGACGGCUCCAGUGAAAAGAAAAUAAAAACCAAUCAUCCUGUGCCUUCUCUUAUUCCUUUUCCCUCCCUCACCUCCACUUUUGCCACUCCAAAACCAGCCCCCUGCAGUAUUCUAUCCGCUGAGAAGGUAGCGACUCAGUUGUACCACCCCCCAGAGCUACCGUGUCUUGGUCACAUCCGGAUAAAUGUCUCUGCCAUCGGAGAAGAUGGUCUUAUUUACGUUAGAACACAGAAUGCAGUGAGUCAGCUGGAGCAGCUUAGGGUGAGGAUUCAGCAGAACUUGAAGACGCUGCCCAGGCCGAAGCCCUACACCUGGAAGUCGGUCCUCGGCUGUGCUGUCAUCGGACCUGACAUGUUGUGGUACCGAGGACAGGUGCUGGAGGUGCUGGGAGGACACGUCAAGGUACAGUAUGUGGACUAUGGCCUGGUGGAGAACAUCCCUGUGGUCCAUGUGUAUCCCAGGCUGCUGUGUGACGAUAUUCCUCAACUCUGUAUGCCCUGCCAGCUGCAUAGCAUCAACCCUGUUGGCGGUAAGUGGCAGCCUGAUGCAGUGGUCUUCCUGAGGGAGAUGUUGCUGGACCGCUGUGUGGACAUGCAAGUUACGGAGUUGCCGAGCAACCGGAGGGGACCGCUCACGGUCGAGCUCUUCCUGGAUGGAAUGAGCGUCAGCAGAAUUCUGUGCCACCACAGACACGCCACCAUGGACCGAACCUUCUCAACACUGAAGGAAAACCCGGUGAUUCCUUCUCCACCCCUCCUGGAUGUCUGGGACAUUGACACUGAGGGUCUGAAGGACACUGCGGAGCCGAUCCUGGGCCCCUUUGUCAGCACAAACCUGCCGCAGGGCAGAGUGGAGUUUCCUGUCAGGGUAAAGCACCUGUUGACCCCCAACGAGUUGUUCCUGUGGUCUCUGGAGGAAACGGCAGAUGUGAAAGUGAAUGGAGAGACUCUGGCCGAAGCUCUGGCCAGAAUCAAUGCAAAUAUCCACAGUCUGCCAAAACUCACCAACUUCCCCCCUGGCUGUCCAUGUCUGGCAGAGUACAGUGAUGGGACGUACUACCGGGCCAAGCUGAUCAAGAUUACCAGUGUGGAGCCUGUCAGGAUCCUGGUCCAGCAUGUUGACUUUGGCUCUGACGACACUUUACCGCCCAGCAAGUUGCGUCAGAUCCCUGCUGAGCUGAUGCAGUUUCCAACGAAGGCGCUCAAGGUCAGAGUUGCUGGCUUUAAGGCUCCGAGUGACCAGAGGGAUGAAGAUGUGUUGCCCUACAGCCCCGCGUGGAGCCUCAACGCUGUAAUAGAUAUGAUUGACCUAUUACACGGCAACAUCACAGCCUCUGUUGUGGCACGAGAGCCCGAGCUCACAGUGCAACUGUACAACGAGGAUGGAGAGUUGGUGCAUCUGCCCCUGGUGCACCGUGGACUGGCUGAGCUCGAAUAAAGCAGAUUUGGAGACGGCCUCCUUGACAGGAAGAAAAAAAAAAAAAUUUCCUGUACACAACUUCUUAGGUUUAGGUGUCUGUAAAAUCUUGUGCUAUUUUGCCAGUAGUGUUGACUAUAAACCACUGGACAGUAUUUUGAGUUGUGGAGCUUGAACAAAAUUGGAUUCAUAUAAAAUAACUCUAAUAAGUAAAUGUAAAUUGAUAGUUGGUUAUGAUGAAACAAGCAGAACAUCUACUGGCUCUUUUAGACGUAAAAUACCAGUCUGACUUAUUGGAGCUGCUCCUCUUUAUGCAUGUUUUACUCACUGAUGUCCUGUUUUGACAUAAUCUUGAUUUGAUUUUGUUCACCGCUGUUCUUUUAGCGUACAUGGUUAGCGGCUGUGCUGAAAAAGUUCAGAAAAUUACUAGUCUUUACUUUCACCGUAUUCCAGUUCAGCACUGACUUUAUAUUUUAUUGUUCUGCCUAUGUUCAUGUGGCUCUUUAUCUGUAGGGUACAGAUUAAAGUCUUCCAGUGCUGUUUAA